AUGCCGGGCCCGCUGGACAGGGCGGCCACCGGGCCCGGAAAGACCACAGUCUGGAAAGGAGGCAGACCCUGGUCCUUUCUGUCCACCGUCGUCCUCAGGCCCCUGCAGAACAAAAGGGUGUUCCUGGCCACCUUCGCUGCCGUGCUGGGCAACUUCAGCUUCGGAUAUGCCCUGGUGUACACGUCCCCCGUCAUCCCCGCCCUGGAGCAGUCCCUGGAUCCGGAUCUGCACCUGACCAAAACCCAGGCAUCCUGGUUCGGGUCCGUGUUUACUCUGGGAGCAGCGGCCGGAGGCCUCAGUGCCAUGGUCCUCAACGACCUUCUGGGCCGGAAGCUCAGCAUCAUGUUCUCGGCUGUGCCCUCAGUGGCCGGCUAUGCGCUCAUGGCGGGGGCCCGCGGCCUCUGGGCGCUGCUGCUUGGGAGGAUGCUGACGGGCUUUGCUGGAGGGCUCACGGCUGCUUGCAUCCCGGUAUACGUGUCUGAGAUUGCCCCCCCUGUCAUUCGUGGGACUCUGGGGGCCACACCCCAGCUCAUGGCAGUGUUCGGAUCCCUGUCCCUCUAUGCCCUUGGCCUCCUGCUGCCGUGGCGCUGGCUGGCUGUGGCUGGGGAGGUGCCCGUGCUCGUCAUGAUCCUUCUGCUCAGCUUCAUGCCCAACUCGCCGCGCUUCCUGCUGUCGCGGGGCAGGGAUGACGAGGCGCUGCGGGCGCUGGCCUGGCUGCGCGGGGCCGACACCGACAUCCGCUGGGAGUUCGAGCAGAUCCAGGACAAUGUCCAGAGACAGAGCAGCCGCGUGUCGUGGGCUGAGGUGCGGGACCCGCACAUGCACCGGCCCAUCGCCAUCGCCCUGCUGAUGCGCUUUCUGCAGCAGCUGACGGGUAUCACGCCCAUCCUGGUCUACCUGCAGUCCAUCUUCAACAGCACCGCCGUCCUGCUGCCGCCCAAGGAUGACGCGGCCAUCGUGGGGGCCGUGAGGCUCCUGUCGGUGCUGAUCGCAGCGGUCGCCAUGGACCUGGCCGGCCGCAAGGUCCUGCUCUUUGUCUCGGCAGCCAUCAUGUUUGCUGCCAACCUGACGCUGGCGCUGUACGUCCACUUCGGCCCGAGGCCUCUGACUCCCAACAGCACCGCAGGCCUGGAGAGCGUGCCCUGGGGGGGCACGGAGCAGCCCCUGGCCGCACCUGCCAGCUACCUCACCCUCGUGCCCCUGCUGGCCACCAUGUUCUUCAUCAUGGGCUACGCCAUGGGCUGGGGGCCCAUCACCUGGCUCCUCAUGUCCGAGAUCCUGCCCCUGCGCGCCCGCGGUGUGGCCUCAGGACUCUGUGUGCUGGUCAGCUGGCUCACCGCCUUCGUCCUCACCAAGUCCUUCCUGCCAGUGGUGAGCGCCUUUGGCCUGCAGGUGCCUUUCUUCUUCUUCGCGGCCAUCUGCCUGGUGAGCCUGGUGUUCACAGGCUGCUGCGUGCCUGAGACCAAGGGCCGGUCACUGGAGCAGAUCGAGUCAUUUUUCCGCACCAGAAGGAGGUCCUUCCUGCGCUAGAGCAGAGUCCCUGCCUGGAGGGGCCAGACCACCGGGUGGCAGGGCCUCUGCGUGGGCUGCAAACUUGCACCCUAGGACCAGGAGGCAGCAGCCAGAGCACAAGAGGACUGGCCAGGAGUGUGACUGGGCCCCACCACGGCAUGCUUUCUGGCUCUGACCAGGCAGUACUGUUGUCCUGCCACAGCCCGGCUCAGGCAGCCCACGGAGCUGCGUUCAGAUCAGCUGAGACCACCAGCAAGGAGGCAGCCAAGGCCACAGGAGAACAUGUGACCUGUUGUCCAGGGGCAGGGCCCUGCAGGCGACCUUGGGCCCAGCUCCUUACUUAGGUGCAAGGGCACUCCUCACAGAAGGCUGCAGUGAAGACAGAGAGGACAGGGCUGGAGAUGGCAAAGCGGCAUGGCCAUUGUGUUCUGGACACUCAGCCGCCACCAAGCAUCUGGACAUAUGGACAUGUGGAAUGUGCUGGACUUUCACCAGUCAGGGCACAGGACCCAGGCGGCCACUCCCUCCCACCCAGCCCCUGGAAGCAGGCAGCUCCUGGCUGCAAACUGUGUUCACCCUCUUUGUACAAAUAAAGACAGAGGGCUGCAGCCCUAGAGGAUGGA